AUGUUGACUAGGUUCUCCAGAACGUGGCAGUUGACUGCCCGCAAACAGCUACAUUCGACUCCAAGAUAUCUUGAUGCCGUUGUCGUUUCCGGUACCAAGCUCGCCAAGUCCAUAAAGCAUCAAGUUGCUCAAAAAGUUAUUGAGUACAACCGUGAGCAGUUUCCCACUCUUGAGUUACCCUUAACUAAUGAGGACAUCUCUUUUGAGCAACUCUCGUUUACACCUCAAUUAACCAUCAUCCAAGUCGGUCUGAGACCUGAUUCUACUGCUUACGUGCGGUCGAAGCUCAAAGCUGCUCGCUCCUCCAAUAUCCAGCUGAAACUCUUGCACUUUGAUGAAAAUUUCACUGAGGAAGAAUUGCUUGAGGAAGUUGACCGCUUAAACAAGGACCCCAAGGUGAAUGGAAUUUUAAUUCAGCUUCCCUUGCCAAAGCACAUCAACGAAACUUUGGUUACAAAUGCUGUUGCGACUGAAAAAGACGUGGAUGGCUUCGACAGAUUCAACGUGGGUGAGCUUUCGAAGCGUGGUGGUCAGCCAAAAUUCAAACCAUGCACACCUAACGGUAUCAUGGAGUUGAUUAAGACCACUGGUAUUCAGUUGCGUGGUAAGUCAGCAGUUGUAAUUGGUCGUUCGGACAUUGUGGGUACUCCUGUUGCUGCCAUGUUGAGAAACGAAGACUGUACUGUAACUGUUUGUCAUCGUUACACAUACGACUUGCCCUCUGUUGUUCGCGGUGCUGACAUCGUCGUGGCUGCUGUGGGUAUUCCCGAGUACGUCAAGGCAGAUUGGAUUAAGGAGGGUGCUAUCGUCAUCGAUGUGGGUAUCAACUACAAGGACGACUCUUCUGCCAAGAAUGGUAAGAAGCUUGUUGGUGAUGUUGACUAUGCCGAGGUCGCCAAGAAGGCCUCGUACAUCACGCCAGUUCCUGGUGGAGUUGGCCCAAUGACUGUUGCUAUGUUGUGCUCUAACGUUUACGAUGCUGCCAUCGCCCAAGCAAAGCGUGCCCAUGACCACAAGUUCAAACCUCUCCUUCUUGAAGUCAAGCGUCCUGUUCCUCUGGACAUUGCCAUUUCUCGUGCCCAGAAGCCAAAGAAGAUAACCAAGGUCGCUCAGGAGUUGGGAAUUUUAGAAGCUGAACUCGAACAGUAUGGUCACUACAAGGCCAAGGUCGAUCCUAAGAAGGUUUCUGAUCGCUUGGAUGAGCAGCUCGAAGGUGACUCCACCUCUCGUGGUCAUUUUGUUCUUGUUGCUGGUAUCACCCCUACUCCUUUGGGGGAAGGUAAGUCCACCACUACUAUUGGAUUGACUCAGGCUCUUGGCGCCCACUUGGGCUAUAACUCUAUUGCCAACGUUCGUCAGCCUUCCAUGGGUCCAACAUUUGGUGUCAAGGGUGGUGCUGCUGGUGGUGGUUACGCUCAGGUCAUCCCCAUGGAUGAAUUCAAUAUGCACUUGACUGGUGAUAUCCACGCCAUCUCCGCUGCCCAGAACUUGUUGUGCGCUGCUGUGGAUACCCGUAUGUUUCAUGAGGCCACUUCAAAGACUACCAAGGGCUUUUACAAGCGUUUGGUGCCAGCCAAGAAAGGAAAGCGUCUGUUCACCAAGCAGAUGUUGGCCCGCUUGGAAAAGUUGGGCAUCCAGAAGACCAACCCAGAUGACUUGACGGAUGAAGAGAUCGAAAAAUUUGCCAAACUCAACAUUGAACCCGAAUCUAUCACAAUUAAGCGUGUUGUCGACUGUAACGACAGAUUUGUGCGUGAAAUCACCCUUGGUCAAGGUAAGAACGAAGCGUCAAAAUACCCACCUCGUGUGUCUGGCUUUGACAUCACCGUUGCCUCUGAAAUCAUGGCCAUUUUGGCCUUAUCCACCUCUCUUAAGGACUUAAGAGAACGUGUUGGUAAGAUUGUCGUUGGUACUCAGAAAGAUACUGGAGUUGCCAUCACUGCCGAAGACAUUGGAUGCGCUGGUGCCAUCACUGCUCUUUUGAAGGAUGCCAUCAAGCCGAACUUGAUGCAGACCCUCGAGGGUACUCCGGUGUUUGUCCAUGCUGGUCCAUUUGCUAACAUCUCCAUUGGUGCCUCUUCUGUCAUUGCUGACAGAUUGGCAUUAAAAUUGACCUCUCCUGCCAACCCAAUUAACAAUGGCAAGAAGGGUUUUGUGAUCACUGAAGCCGGGUUUGACUUCACCAUGGGUGGUGAACGUUUCUUCAAUAUCAAGUGUCGUGCUGCUGGUGUAUCACCUGACACCGUUGUUCUCGUUGCCACUUCAAGAGCAUUGAAGUUGCAUGGUGGCGCCUCUGACGUUAAGCCUGGCCAGGAGUUGCCUCAGGAGUACACCACUGAAAACUUGGAGUAUUUGAGGAAGGGUUGCGCCAACUUGGCUAAGCAAAUUGCCAAUAUCAAGCAAUACAACGUUCCGGUGGUUGUUGCCAUCAACGAGUUCGAGACUGACAGCAAGAAUGAACUUCGUCUUAUUCAAGAAGAGGCAUUGGCCGCUGGUGCCGACUACGCUGUUGCAUCUUCUCACUGGGCUGAGGGUGGUUCCGGUGCCCUCAAGUUGGCUGAAGCAGUCGCCAAUGCAGCUGCUAAGCACGAGACCACUGAGCAAACUUUCUUGUAUGAUGUGAACUCGUCUGUCGAGGACAAGUUGUUGCAAAUUGCAUCGAAGAUGUACGGCGCCAAGGCUAUUGAAUUGUCUCCAUUGGCCAAAAAGCAGAUUGAGACUUACACCAAGCAGGGAUUUGACAAGUUACCCAUUUGCAUUGCAAAGACCCAAUACUCCCUUUCGCAUGACCCAAGCUUGAAGGGUGUGCCAACGGGCUUCACCGUGCCAAUCAGAGAGGUAAGAUGUAGUGCCGGUGCCGGAUACUUGUACGCCUUGGCCGCCGAGAUCAUGACGAUUCCAGGCUUGCCCACGCACGCCGGAUUCAUGAACGUCGAAGUGAACGACGAGGGAGAGAUUGAGGGCUUGUUUUAA